CAGUGAGGGAAGCAUGAAGGCUCCCUGCGAGGAGGUUCAGAAGAAGGAAGAUCGAGAGGGAGAAGCUGCGGCCCCUGGGCCUCGGGCAGAGACCCUGGAGGCCAAGAGGUCCUGGACUACAGAUUCACACUCUGCCUCGGGAACAGAAGGCACCCACGGGUUUGGAGAACCGGUCAUGGCUACCCUCUAUCUGGAGUCUUGCCAGGCCAAUAAUGUUGUGCCGGUUUCUUGUCUUCUGCGCCAAGGGAGCGCCUCUGAAUUGAACCUUCGGCACCGUGGCCUGGGGCCCCAGGGCGUCCGGGCUUUGGCUUCCGUGUUGACCUCUAAUCUCUACAUCAAGCAUCUGGACCUUCGGGACAAUGGGCUCUGUGAUGCUGGGGCAGAGGCUCUGGCUGAUGUCCUGUAUAAGAACAACAUUAUCUCUGAUGUGGACCUGUCGGAGAAUCAGAUUGGAGCUGCGGGGCUCCAGGCGAUUUGCACUGCCCUCGCCUUAAACCCAACUGUGCAGAAGAUGCAGCUGCAAGGGAACAGGCUGGAGGAUCAGGCAGCCCAGCACCUGGCUGCUCUUCUGCCUCGUCACACGGGCCUGAAAUCCCUAGACCUCAGCUAUAAUCAGCUCAGCGACCUGGCAGGAGAGGCACUUGGACCUGCUGUGGCAGAAAACACAGGACUCACGGAGCUUAACCUGAGUUGGAAUCACCUUCGAGGCCUGGGAGCCAUUGCGUUUGCCAGAGGCCUGGAGGCAAAUAUAUUCUUGAAGGUCCUAGACAUCUCUCAUAACGGCUUUGGAGACUCUGGCGCCUGUGCGAUAGGUGAGGCCCUCAGGAUCAACAAUGUCUUAGAAGAGCUAAAUAUGAGAAACAACCGAAUCUCCAUGUCAGGAGCCCUGAAGUUGGGGCUGGGUCUGCAAGUCAACCAGACACUGCGGAUUCUUAUCAUUUCCAAGAAUCCUAUUCGCAGUGAUGGCUGUGCUGGCCUCCUUAAGUCUAUCCGGAACAACAAAUCAUCUGCCCUAGAACUACUGGAUGUGUCUGAUAUCCAAGUAAGCAGAGAGUGUGACGACCUCGCUAGCUCCAUGAACAAAAUUCUUCCAGGACUCUGUAUACAGCGUAACACUUACAGAAGAAAAGAGUGGCCACAAGCCUCUACGCCAUCCCAGCCAGCAUCUGCACCAAGUGACUCUGGUCUCGUCUCUAAUAUGCCACAUUAACAGUCACAUUGCUGGCCAUUUAAUACACAACAUUUGUAUCUUCCUUUCUGUUCUCUUGCAUCUUCCAUGAUCUGACUUCAUUUGCUCUGGUUCAUUCAUUCAACCAAAACUCUGCCCAUGAACAACACUGAACACAAGGUCCAUGACAUUUGUGUCACCCAGAUGUUCAUGCUUUAGUGACCCUGUUCAACAAAACGUAAAGGAGAUAUGCAAGUGGAAUUCUCAAGCUCCCUUGCAAGAAGACAAACGGUCACAACCCAUUGGAAGGCAACUGAUCAUUCCAUUACGAAUUAUAAAAUCACCCAUGUGUUUCCGGUUUCCAUCUGCACCCCAGAGCUGACCCUGUGCCACAGCUCUCCAUACCCAAAUUCCACCUGGAGAAAUUUCUUCCAGGAGUGCUGACACAUAGGCUUACAGGAAGGACUAGCCACAGUCAGAGACAGCAAAACCAGCUAACACUACAGAUAACCAGAUGGUGAGAAACAAGGGCAAGACCUUAAGCAAUAGAAACCAUGGUUACUUGCCAUCAUCAGAACCCUGUUUUCCCACCACAGUGAGCUGUGAAUACCCCAACACACCAGAAAAGAAAGACUCUAAUUUAAAAUCACAUCUCAUAAUGAUGAUAGAGGACUUUAAGAAGGACAUAAAUAACUCCCUUAAAGAAAUACAGGAGAACACAGGUAAACAGAUGGAAGCCCUUAAAGAGGAAACACAAAAUUCCCUUAAAGAAUUACAGGAAAACACAAUCAAACAGGCAAAGGGAAUAAACAAAACCAUGGCUACAUGUGUGUCAUUGGAGGGGGAUUUUGGUAUAUGUUAAGGAAAGCCUUAAUUAGAAAGAAUGAAAAUAGUUUAAAUUUAUUCGUUGAAGAUUUAUAUAAAAAAAUCAGGCAUUAGAUGUUAAAUAAUAAUUAACCAUAUGGGGCUGGAAAGUUAGUUCAGCGGUUAAGAGCACUGACCAUAAAGAUUUAUUAACCUAUUCUAGCCUUGGACGACUGCCCUAUUGAAUACAUUCUUUUAGAAUUGUUAUAUUUUCAUGAUUUAUAUAGUUAUUAAUGAUGUUACCUGUUCUGUUUGUGAUUCACUGAACAUGUAGUUUUAGAGUUGUGAUGCUUGGAUGAUUUUUGUAUUUUACUGUGCCAAGUGAUUUUUGUCGGUAUUCAUGAUUGUUUUGCUGGAUACAAUUUGUAAGAGUUGUUAUGUUUGGUUUUGAUGUAUAAAAUCCCCUGCUUGAGAACUGAAAAAUACAUUUAGAUUCAAACUG